AUGGUGACAGUCUUUCCCAGCGUGGUAGACAUCUCCUUCCCCUUCAACCUUUUCUUUUCACUUUCCAAUAACUUCGUUACUCUCAUCUUUUCAGACAGUACGUACGAAGCACGAUAUCAACAUCCCAUCACAAAAUUCACGAACGAAAUGAUUGGGAAAGCCCAGCGAGCCAGGGAGGCAGUGGAGGAGAGAAUACAAGAUUUGCUGGUCCGCAACCACACUCGGUCGUCUGCUUUGCGUACGGUACGUUAUGUGGCGCCAUUGCACAAGUGGACCAGGUUUGAGCAAGAGGUCAGAGACGCUUUUGAGCGCCAGGAUUGGGGAGCCCAUUCCAGCACGAUUACGAUCCGACCACUGGGACCACUGGGACCACACAACACAGCCAACGAGCAGGUGAUUGUGGGCGACGAGACCGGGGUUCAAGGUCGAUUCCAACAGAACGUCAGUCACGUUAUGAGCGCAGUGUUUGGCUCACAGGGUCUAAACAUUCGAUUUGGCGAUUUUAAAGCCGCCGGCGUCCCCUACGAGCGAACGCCAGACGUGAUCAUUCUCAAUGAUCAGAACGACAUCAAGGUUGUAGGUGAGCUCAAAUCCCCAUGGGUCAAUGGUCACAAACUGGUUGAGAAUCCGGUGCAAAACCAAAGAGAGGAUUCUUUUAGAAGACAGAUUGGCCAAUUGGCAAGAUACAUGCAAGAUCUCGAAGUCCAAUACGGAGUCUAUUCGACAUACACGCAGCAUGUAUUUCUCAAGCAAGAGUUUGUCGGUGGUCGGUGGUCACUGCUAUACUCGCCAAUCAUCUCAGACGCGACGAACCCUCCCUCACAACUUACCGUGAGACAAUGCUUCUUCUUUCUCGGAAAGGUGGCUGGUCAAACAGGGCGGUUUACUAACCCCACCCCACCUGAUGAGUGGGCCGUUGGAUUGGAGGCGAAUGAAUAG